AUGACGUAUGGCAUAGAACACCAGAGUUACUAUAUCAUACCUACUUUGUUUCAUUCACAAAAACAUAAAGGCCUGCAGGUUGAUAGAGGAUAUGAGGGUGAAGUUGGUGUGGUUGUGCAAAAACAACUAAUAAAGGUGACAGCCGGUGUAUACCAGAUUUGCUGGGAACAAGGCUCAGGGAUUGUCAUCUUUGACAUCAGCCAUUUUAUCUUCAUUUUCACCCAGGCCAUAUAUGGAGAAAUCAGGAGAUGGAAGAGCAUUUCUUCCUUUCAGGCAUCAUUUUUGACCAAGAGAGUAAAUCUGAAUGGAAAACGCAUAAAUUUAGCAAUAUGGGACACAGCAGGUCAAGAGAGAUUCCAUGCCCUUGGCCCUAUUUAUUAUCGCGAGUCUCAUGGUGCCAUUCUUGUGUAUGAUAUUACUGAUGAAGACUCUUUUCAAAAGGUAAAGAAUUGGGUGAGAGAACUAAGAAGAAUGUUGGGUAAUGAUAUCUGCCUCGUCAUUGCCGGUAAUAAAAUAGAUUUAGAAAAGGAGAGACAUGUCUCUUUGGAAGAAGCUGAAGCGUAUGCCCAAGAAGUGGGAGCUUUCCAUUUCCAGACAUCAGCCAAACAAAAUAAAGGAGUUGAAGAGCUAUUUUUGGAACUCACUCGCAAAAUGUUGACAAGUGCAAUGGCAAAUGACCAACAGCGAGUGAACACACUCACAAGAGGUGGAAAUUCAAGAAAUCUUCAAAUUGUUGAUGAUCAGGCAGCACCUCCUGCACAGAAGUCAUCCUGUUGUGGUUCAUAAUGUUGAAGACACACAUUAGUCAGCACAUAUAUGUUCUCGAUAUGUGUAUUUAGUGUAGAAUAUUCAUAAGUCAAACCUGGGAAUUUUAUAGAAAUUUUAUGAUCAGCAAUUAGUCACCAUAAGGUAAUGCCAUCCAUAUCCCAUAAAAGAAGUAAGAGGGUGAGAAAGGGAAAGAGAUAAUAACCAAAGACUGUGAAGUUUGAGAAAAUUGUAAUGUAACCCUUUAAAUGUAGAUACUCCAUUAAUUUAUGUGAAGUCAUUGAUCUUGAUGUAAAAUUGAAUUUAUCCACUGUUGAUCCAGGAUGCAUGUCAGUAAAUAGGAUAUUAUUUUUAAUGUAUUAUGCAUUAUUACCUUAUAAAUACUUUGUUGAAUUUCAUGGUAGCUAGUAAUCUGCAUGGAAGACUAUGGUGUAUUCAAAGUUUGCUUGUAUGCCCUUGGACUGAGAUGGUAGUUACUCAAGUUACUCAUGAGACACUCCAAUGUAUGAUGAUUUAUUUUUAUUUUUCCAAGAUACUUUUCUGAAAGGGUGAGUAAAUUGGGCAGUCAGAUCAAGAAGUUUCCUAUAUAUGCAUGACACACCUUUUGGAUAAUUUCAUUGCUAUGGCUGUUAGCUGCUGUUGAUGCCAUAUUUGUUGGGAGAUAGCAAAAUAAGAAUGCAUAAUGUUGAAAUACUUGGGCCAUUCAAAGAAAUUGUUGAUCGAAACCAGUUGUCUUCGUCACCAAAUAUAAAUGACUUAGACUUCACUUCCUUCAUUUGACUGUGGAUCUGAGCAUUUAACAUGGCCACUAAAAGAUUUUGCAUUGUUAUCCACUCUGGGUGUGAAGUUUAAGUGCACUAAAAAAGAAUUAUACUAUAGAUACUAUAAAUAGUUCAGAAAUUUCGUUAUGUAAUGCAAUAUCUUCAAAAACUGAAUUAUAAUUUAAAGUAUUACGAUUAAUAAUUAUGCAUAUUCAUUAGGCUUUCUGUUUUUUCCUGUUAGCAUACUCAAGCAAUUGCUAGUGUGAAAAUACCUUUUUAUUUUUGUGCCUAUAUUUUUUUUUCUUUUCUUUUUUUUUGUUUUUUGUUUUUUUCUUUGACAAAUACGAAAUGUAGCUCCACAUUAGUUUGUAGUUAGUGAUUCUGAAUCAUGAUAUUCCAUGGGAAAGAAAUGUUUUAAAGAGUAUUAUUGUUCACUUCAAAACUUUUUGAACAUAUUCUUACUUUUCACACACAAAACAAUCAUUUAAACAUUAAUCAGUAAUCAUUUCCUUCCACGAUUUCUAUUGCUUCUCCCCCUCCCUCCCUGUAGGGAAACUAUGAAUAUCAGCAAGUGAUAUUGAUGGAUGGAGUACAUUAAAGCUAGGUUAAGCAUAUCAAAGUUAAUUUUCAGAGGCAAAUGUUUAACUGAGAGUUAAAUUCUGUAUAAUACAGUGCAAAUUCUUUUUAUGAAUUUUAUGAAUGUUAAUGUUUUAAACAGUGCAAAUCCUUCAAUAAAUGUGAAUAAUGUUUUCAGAUGAUGUAUUAUCUGGUCAACUACUCAAGGAUCAUCAGGCCAGUCAAAUAGUUGCUAAAAACAUAUAAGAUGAUUUAUAUAGGCUUUCAGAAGAUUUGUAAAUGGUUACAAAAUAUAUAUAUAUAAUUGGUAGAGUCACAGUGUUUCACUUUUUUCUUUUAAGUGAAGAUAUUUGGUAAUGAGUGAUAAUGUUUGUAAGUUUGUAUUUUGAUUUGGAUGACAACUAUUCCUAAAUAUGGCAGUGAUAUAAUACACGUUUUCUACAUUCUCAGAAGUAAUAGAACAGUUGUCCCAAAGUAAAUAAUUAUAUAGAUUGAACAUUACUACUUGUUAUUCGUAUCUAUAAUUUGUUAUUUUUUGAGAGAUUAUAGAAUAAUUUAUAAAUGUAUAUAACAAACUAUUUACUUGUUCUAGAGAAACUGUUGAAAUCCAUCUGUGGUGUGUAUUUUGAACUGAUGCUACAGUUGGUAUCAUAAGAUAAAUACAUGUUUUCUUCCAAUAGCAUGAAAUGCAUCAAUGCUGCAUCUGUACAGUCAGAUGUUGUUAAAUUUUAGAGGAGUGGUAGAUUUAUAGAAUUUAUUGAGGGGCUGUUUGCAGUUUUGUACAAAAGUGAUGCUUUAGAAACAAAUGGGUUAAUUACCAGUCAUACUUUCAUCUUUUGGAGUAAGACAAUGAUUUCCUAACUAUUAGUAGUAAGUUGUGUACACUAGGAAGUCUUCUGAUUAAGAUCAGAAAAAAAUAACCUGAUUAAAGAAAAUUAUCUGUGAUAUUGUUUAUAUGAGCAUUACAUAUGCCUUUGCAUAACCUAUAGCUUUGUACUUCCAUGUUUUGCUGUAUUACAUGGCUGCUAUGUACUAAUUUUUUGUAUAUCUUGUUUCUGGUAGAGUAUUAUCUAUAAAUAUGAUGUGUGCAACUAUCAGAAAUAUUUAAUUUUUCUUUUCCCUUUGUUAUGUAUGGCAUGUUGUAUUGCUACUUUAGCUAACAAAAUUUCUUGAUUCUUCCACAUGUUCCUUAAUGAGAAAGCAUUAUCUUUCCUAUGUUAAUUGUCCUUUUAUCACAAACCAUUUUGUAUGAAAAAUAUAUAAUGCAAAUAUUUAAUUAGACUUUCAUCCUCUCUGGUCUCUAGUUAAUUUGAUGUCAUAGUUUCCCAUUUACAUGUAUUACAGAAUAUGCUGUUGACCUUAGUAUUCACACACCCUCUGCCACAUGAAAGUAAUGCCUCCAGAAUGAGUAAAUGGCUAUUGACACUGGAUAAAUUUAUGUCAGUGAAUAACUGUACUUGCCUAUUAAAAUAAAUACAUUUAUAAAAUGAUACCAUUUACAAUUAGAUUUUCUGGCACACCAUCCCAUGAGCUCAAAAGUAAGUAUAUAUGUGAAUAAAAAAAAUCUUUCACUGUAAGACUUGUCCUAUUCCCACCACCCUGUAUCAGUAACUAAUGGCUGUAUCCACUUCAUUAUGACAGACAGCAUAUUAGGACACAGAGGAGCAAUAGGUUGCAUACUUCAUUCAGAAAGAGAAUAUCGUCUUAUAUUGAGAUUGUAGUUGUCAGGAUAAUGGUCCGACAGAUUAUUAUGUAAUUGCAAAAAUCACUUAUAUUUUUAAGCUACAGUAUGUGUAGGUAUAUAAGGUCAAGUAGCAUGUGUAUGCUUUUCAAUUUACAUUAAAAAUUAAAUGAUGAUUUUGCCUCUAGUUGACACCAGAUUUUAACAUUGAAAUUUGAAUAUAUUUUUGAAAGAUUGGUAAUAUAAUUUAGUAGCUUCAUAAACCACGAUAUAAUUUUGUUAGUGGAUUACCACAGCAGUUGCUUUUGGGUGAAUUAUCAAAAAUAUAUUGUUUAAUGACAUUGUAUUCAUUUGGUUGUUUUAGAGAAAUCUUUAUUUAAAAAUGAGGAAGUCAGCACAUUUCCAUUCUUCAGCAGUUCCCAAGAAAUUUACACAAACAAAACAACAUAAAGGCACACCAAAAUAUGUCAUACAGUGUAACAUCAGAACACUUGACAUUAGUUGCAGUAGUUUUACCUGCUCUACCACCACACGUAGUUUGCGUGCUUGGCAAGGUGUUACUUUUAUAUGGUCCUAAAUGGUAAAUUUGCUUGUAAAAAAAUAAACAAUGUAGAGAAAGAUGAAGUGAA